AUGCAAUCUGUGACUAUACCUCUGUGGAAAGCCACGGAAGACGGUUCAGAGGUGCGGAUCGACGAGGCCGACCUGUACAGAUACGAGCGAUAUAGGUGGCUGACCGAAGAACCUCGCAAGCUCGCCAUGCGCUACCGUAAAUUGAACCUGCAGGCGCUAGUGGAUGCAUCCGUAAAGGCGAGCGGGCAUGGAGGAAAUGAAUGUGUCAAGCUUCUCAAGUGUGUGGAAGGGCAAUUCAACAAAGCCUUCGUGUUGACCAUGAGCUCCGGCGAUGAAAUAGUCGCCCGAUUACCCAAUCCCAAUGCAGGCCCCGCCUUCUUCACAGUGGCAUCAGAGGUUGCGACCCGCCACCUGGUAGGUGAAGUUGUUCGCUACAGGUUCCGUUCUAAGUAA